AUGGAUCCCCGGCAGCCGCCACAACAACAUCCCUUCUCGCGCAACGCCGCGUCGCCAUUCACCCGUCCGUCUUUCCCCCCGACCACCGCGUCAGCGACAUCGCAGCCGCCGUAUCCACCUGCGUCUACACAUCCACAUCCCUCGCAGCCCAUUGCGGCCCCAUACGCCGAUGUCCACAUGCGGAAACCCUCCGACCCGCCGCCCUUCUACCCACCCUCCCGCCAGUAUGGCCCCGAGCCCGGACCCGGCCAGCUGCCGUCGACGACGCAUUCUCGACACCAGAGCACGUCCUCGAUAUCUUCGGGGCCCACAUUGAGUCGCGCGAUGCCGCCACCGGCCUCACCGCCACAACAACAGCAGCAGCCGCAGCAGCCUCAGGCCCCGCCGAACUCCCAUACCUUGCCCGCGCCCUACAGCUUGCCGCAACCACGCCCGCCGCCCGUCUCGGUGGGGCCUCCCAACACGUUCCCGCGCACCAGCCGAGAGCUGCCCCCACUCGAGUCGUUGCCCAGGACCGGAAGUUCCGGCAGCAGCAUGUCCAUCUCGUCCAUGCUUGGCGGUCCGCAGCCAGCACGGGAACCACCCCCCGCGCCUCCGCAGUACUCUCCUGCUGCUCCGUCUGCCGUUCCAGGGCCGCCGUAUAGCCAGUCUAUUCACGCUUCGCCCCGCACGCAACCGGCAACGAGCUCCGACUAUGUUCCAUUCCGCCGACCACAGACCCCUCCGGAGCAUCACAGGAUGUACGACUCGAGGAACCAGAGACCAGGCGCUGUUGCGUCUCCCCAGGCCUAUAGCUCCACGCCCGAAGUUCAGCGCUACGGCACUCCCCAGACGUAUGCUCAGCGAGGCCCUCUGCCGGCUCCUGACCAGGGUAGGGAUCCUAGGGACCCCAACCGGCUGUCUGGAGGUCCAGGCGUGCCCCCUCCCCGGACUAUGAGUCCGCAGAAGCAGUACCAGCCAGUUGGACCGCCCCGCCCGGUCGAGCCGUCGAGGCCCCCGACCGAUAUGUACGGUCGCCGAGACGAGCUCCGUCCGUCUGAAGAAUACAAUCCUGAGCGCCCCAUCCGACUCAUGAAAAUCGAGGAGCCGAGAUACAUAACUGAGCGUGAGAGACAGGAGCGGGAGCGCCAGGAACGCGAGUUUCAAGAACGAGAACGGGAACAACGGGAGCGUCAGGAGCGUGAAAUGGAUUACCGUGAGAGGGAGCGUCGGGAGAUGGCCAUGGCUGGAGUUGACCAGGGCCGUCCUCAUGGGCUGCAUCCUCAGGACUACGCCCGCCAGGUCGACCAGAGAGCUCAGCCGCCGCCGCCGUAUGGCCGACCUCCCGAGUUGCGCGAUCCGGGUCACUGGCAAAGACAGAGCUACGAGCCAGCCCGGGCCGCCUAUGAUCCGGCCGGCAUACGCAUUCCGAGGCCUCAAGACUACCCGCCGGCGACGACGGCCCCGCACUACAAUCCUCAUCCUUACGCUACAGCUCCUCCCGAUCGCCAUCAUCCCCCUCCGCCUUCGCAUCCCCAGCACCAUCAGCACACUCUCCCUCCCCCGGGCCCGCCGCAUCCCCAGCCUUAUGAGUCUCCCGAGCGUCAGCGUCCAGGGAUGAUGCAGCUGGAGAGACCUCAGCCGCAGCAGCCCCCUCCUCGAACACGCGAAGAAGCCGUCAUUCCUCCUCCGUCUGUUGCUUACGGCGGUGUCAGUCAUUCCGUGUAUGAUUCUUCUCGGAAUCGACCGAUGGAGGAGUUGAACCCCCCACCUUCUCAUAAUCAUGGCCGGAACACGCUGCUGGCCAUUCAGGAGAUGAACCGAAGCAGAGGACGUAUUUCGCCUUUGCCACAAGCUGUCCAGGGCGCGCAGCCACAGCUGCCGGGCCCUGCAGGUGAGCCGGGUAUCAAGAGCGAAUUUGGUCGCAUGUUCUCGGGCAUUGGGUCAGGCUUGAGUGCGCUCACAGGCCCAUUGCCCACUGGAUCUCAUGGCUAUGGGCCCUCGAGCUUGGUUCGCCGGGACGAAAUGGAUGCUGGGGUUGAGGAGGUUGAUCCUGCCAAGGCUGGGGCGGCUCGUGGCAAGCGCAGAAGGCUGAAAGAAGACGAGGGCAAGGAGGACGAGGCGAGCAGCGGAGGGCUCACAUCUGUUGGAAGUCGCACCAAGAAGGUCAAGAGUCACACGCAUCACCAUCAUCAUCAUCACCAUCACCACCAUCACCAUAAUUUGGAGCAGCUUCAGCCGGGCCUUGCAGGCAAUGCCCAAUUUAGAGGUAUCAAGGGAUCAACUCCAGCUCCGGCUCCAGGGGCUCCCGUGGGCAAAGAGAUGCCAAGCGUUCAUCACCAUCACCACCAUCAUCAUCACCAUGUUGGGCCUCGUCCCGCUGCUAAUGGCUUCGCCCCGAUGUCGAGCAUCCGCACCACCCAGCAGCCUAGGAGUCCGUCGCCGGUUGUUUUGCAGAAGCCCAGACUUAUCGUGUCAUCAAAGGCGGUAUUAGAGAGUGUUGCCGACCGCCCACGAAUGCACCUUGGCGAUGUUGUGUACGAGCCGAUUCUCAAGAAGGCGCGCAUGCAGGAUCCACGCACGGGGCGCCCUCCUCGCAUUGGUUACUCGUCGACGCCCAAGCCAUUGCCAUGGGAUUUGAUUGAGGGCAAAGAGAACUGCACACUUACUGUGAAGAUUGGCAAGCAGCAUCUCACACCGGAAGCUCGCGAGGAGAUUACUGCUCGUCGGGCUCUCUGGGGCACCGACGUGUACACCGACGACUCGGAUGUUAUUGCAUGCUGUAUCCAUGCCGGCUGGAUCCGUGGCGAGUGGCCCGAGGAUGUGGAUGUUAGCAUGCUUGGCUUGGACGAAGGCUACGCUAUGUCUGACGUCCGCGGCAUCAACAUUCUGAAAAAUGGUGCCAAGAAAGACGCGCCAAGUACUAACGGCGAAAUCGUUUUGACGGAGCCUCCCAAGAAUGGCCCCAUGCCGGUUCCUGAGAACCGUGAUCUGCACGUCACUCUGCUCAUCCUCCCUCGCCUCGAGAAGUACGCCUCAACCACACGUUUCGGCAUUAAAAGCCGCGAGUUCGGUGGCAUCAUCGAAGAUGACAGUUUCGAGCCUGGCGAACCACGCCGUCGUGCCGUGCAUGAUGGUAUCAGCUUCAUGAUCAUCGGCAUUCGUUGGGUGAUGAACGGCAGCGGCGGACCCUCCAACAACGACCGGCUGCGCGGCAAGGCUCGGCGUGAACGUAUUCGCAAGACACUCGCUGAGAUUGCUGCUGCGCCGGCGUGGAUUAGCGGCCGGAGAAGUGAAGAUGAGGCGGCCAGCGCUGACGGCGGCGGGUCCACUAGUAGCAAGGCCAGCACCGAUACUUCGGAAGGAGGUAUUGGUUGGUGGAAACAGGCGGUUAGUCAGAGUGGGAGUAAGGCGCCUAGUGAGGGGGAUAAGGAGAAUCGGCCUGUGGGAAGGGAGAGUGAGCAGAGUUUAGAGAGGAUGCAAGCCGAGGGUCAGAAGGGGAAGGAGAGGGAGCAAGAAAAUAGCCGGGUUAACGGCCAGGGUGAGGGUUCGGAGAAGGAAAAGGGCGAGGAUAGGGAAUGUGCACAGUCUGCUGCUCAGCUGACUGAGAAGGAUGAGGAGAAGAAAGAGGAAGCUGUCCCCGCUAAGGAGGGCCCAGCUGAGACAGUGGAUGCUCAACUGAAGCCAGACCCUCUCUCUGAAAUCGAGAAACAAAAGGACAAGCCGGAGGUUAGUCAGGGGUAA